AUGUCUGUCUCCACCGACCCCGGCCACUUCUUCCAGACCGAUGCAAGCGAAGCCAAAGCCGCCCGCCGCGCCGCCAAACGCGGAAACCAAAACGGCUCCCCAAUCGACAUAGGCUCCAAGCUCCUCGCCGUCCUCCCCGACCCCACCAACCCCGACCGCAUCUACAUCGCCGAGAGCGGCGGCCUCGCCCGCCGCGUCUCCCUCGAGUCCGGCGACAAAAGCCACACCUUCCGCGGCCACACCGCGCCCGUCACCUCUCUCGCGCUCGACACCGCUGCAGCAACGCUCUUCGCCGGCUCCUGGGACAAGACCAUCAUCUCGUGGUCCACGGCCACCCGAAAGCCCCUCAGGACCUUCGCAGGCCACACGGACUUUGUAAAGUCGCUGCUGUACCUGCGCAACAGCACCAAUGGGCUGCUGCUCUCGGGGGCCAGCGAUGCGGCAAUCAUCAUCUGGGACGCCGUGAGCGGCGACCGGCUGUUUGCGCUGUCGGGGCACACGAGGGGUGUUGGUGUGCUCGUGGCGGAUCCCGUGCUGAGUACAAGGGUGAAGGCGCGCGUGUAUUCGGCGGGGAGUGAGCCGGGGAUGAGGUGUUGGGAGGUGCCGGUUGAGGCGGCGGAGGUGCGGGGCGCGAGGGGCGUGGGGGGUGUGCUGGUGGUGCAUGAGACGAGUGUGAAUGCGGUGAGGUUUGAGGGGGAGGAGGCGGAGAUGUGGACGGCGAGUGCGGAUAUGACGGCGAAGAGGGUGGAUCACCCGGAUUAUGUCAAUGAUAUUGUGGUGGACCCGCGCGGGCGGUGGGCGGUCACGGCAUGUCGGGAUGAGGAGGUGCGCGUGUGGGAUGUUGCGACGGGCGAGCUGUUCCACAUCUACGACGGUCACUCCGAGGACGUGAUGGCGCUCGCAAUCGUGGGCAGCAAGCAGGACACGGUCGUGAGUGUGUCCAUCGACGGCACAAUCAGGAGAUGGUCACUGCGCCACGACAACCUGCUGAAGGCCAUUGAGGAAAAGAAGGAGCGCGAGCAGGGCAAGGAGAAGGAGAAGGCGCCAGAGAAGAACGAGAGUCUCUUGACGAUUGAGGAGGAGAGGGAGCUGGCUGAGCUUAUGGAGGAGGAGGAUGAUGAGUAG